AUGAUCACCUUAAGAGAAGUCAUGUCACAGCAAACCCAGUUACUACAGAUGCUCGCCAACAAUCAAGGAGGACGGAACAACUCAGCAUAUGGUGAGUUCAUGCAGGCCAAGCCACCAACUUUCGCAGGAUCUGAGGAACCAAUGGACGUGGAAGAUUGGCUGCGAAUCAUUGAAAAGAAGCUCGCUUUGGUCUGGGCUCAUAAUGGGGACAAGGUAACCUUUGCCACCAACCAAUUGGAAGGAACCACAACUGCGGUCAUAAGAAUGAAGAAGAACGACUUCAGGAGGUUCCGUCAAGGGAACAUGGGCUUACAAGAAUACCUAAAUAAGUUUACUCAGUUGGCUAGGUAUGCCCCAAAGGACCUCACUGAUGAACAGGAGAAAAUUGAGAAAUUUGUUGAAGGAAUGAAUGAUAGGCUGCGUGGAGCUAUGAUCGGACAAGACCACGUCAGUUUCCAGAGUCUGAUUAACAAGGUUGUCCGCUUAGAAAAUGACCAGAAGACAGUGGAGAACAACCGUAAGCGAAGGAUGGCCAUGAGCCGCCCAGUGCAGACCAAUGUACAACGCCCCAAGUUCACCCCGGCACCAGCAUGGAAGCCUUUCCCGAACAACACGGGAGCAAUAGCACCAUACCACCCUGCUACACCCAAGGCAGCGCCUAUCAAGUCCUCGACACCUAUAGCUACUCCUUUCGCCCCGGGCGUUAAGAGAAACCUGAACUGCUUCAACUGUGGGGAAUUGGGCCACUACGCAAGCAGUUGCCCAAAGGCGUGUAGCACCCUUGUGCACACUGGGGCUAAUGCCGUCACCAUCAAGGAUAACGGCACCAUAAACCUAGGUCAUGGUCUAUUCAGGACUCCCCUUAACCCCAAGCCAACUCCAGGAUAUCCGAGGGCACAAGUGAACCAUGUGCAAGCAGAAGAGGCCCGAGAAGCUCCAGACGUACUUAUGGACCAGCAGGGAAGUGAACUAAAGGUCCCCAUGGACCAGGACCCAAGAUUACAUGAGCGAUCCCAUGCGAAGGCGUUCACCAUGCUUGCGCUGGAAGAAAUGCCGGUGGUACAGGAUUACCCUGAUGUAUUUUCCGAAGAACUGCCAGGAAUGCAUCCGGAUAGGGAUAUCGAGUUCAUAGUCGAGCUCAUGCCAGGCACAGCACCUAUAUCAAAGAGGCCUUACCGCAUGCCUGCAAAUGAGUUGGAAGGACUAAAGAAUCAGAUCCGCGAGUUGCAAGAGAAAGGAUUCGUGAGGCCUAGUUCAUCCCCCUGGGGAGCCCCUGUUCUUUUUGUGAAGAAGAAGGAUGGAAGUAUGCAGAUGUGUGUGGAUUAUCACUCGUUGAACGAGGUGAGAAUCAAGAAUCGUUACCCUUUGCCUCGGAUCAAUGAUUUGUUUGAUCAGCUAGAGGGGGCAACAGUGUUCUCUAAAAUUGACCUGCGCUCAGGCUAUCACCAAUUGAAAAUACGAGAAGAGGACAUACAAAAGACAGCAUUCUCCACACGAUAUGGGUUGUACGAGUUCACUGUUAUGUCUUUUGGCUUAACAAAUGCCCCUGCCUAUUUUAUGAACUUGAUGAACAAAGUCUUCAUGGAGUACCUCGACAAGUUUGUGGUGGUCUUCAUCGAUAAUAUCCUCAUAUAA